UACGGUCGAUCGCGAGCUACCGGUCGAUCACGGAGGAUGUGUUAAUCGAUCGCCAGGCAUUUAAAAAAAAACAACUAAAAAUUAGCGAUCAUCAAUCUUCACCAAGACAUCACUUUUGUCACUUGAUUGACAUUCACGACACCUGAGGGUCUUGUGAGAUGACACUGGCUGCUGCGAGCUCAUUAUUAUAGCCAGAGAAUGAUCCAAAAUAUGUUUAGCAAUUCAAUAAUCUUUGGAACGAUAGAGAUUGGAUCAGAUAUAAACAAUAGUAAAUCAUCCGCGUAUAGAGAAUGUGUGAGUUCUAGACCGGGGACGGCGUGGCGCAGUGGGAGAGUGGCCGUGCGCAACCCGAGGGUCACUGGUUCAAAUCCCACCUAGAACCAACCUCGUCAUGUCCGUUGUGUCCUGAGCAAGACACUUCACCCUUGCUCCUGAUGGGUGCUGGUUGGCGCCUUGCAUGGCAGCUCCCUCCAUCAGUGUGUGAAUGUGUGUGUGAAUGGGUAAAUGUGGAAGUAGUGUCAAAGCGCUUUGAGUACCUUGAAGGUAGAAAAGCGCUAUACAAGUACAACCCAUUUAUCAUUUAUUUAUUAAGAAAAAGUGAUAGACAGGAAGGCGGGAAACACUUUUUAUUUCAACACAUUCGCGCCGUACCUGCUGUCAAAACUUUAAAGACCAACUGCACAGUUCCUAUCUUCACAAUAAAAGCUCUGCUUCCUCAUGCCUGCGCUAAAAAAAUAAGAGUCUCAGAAAGCUGGGGUGCACAAGCUAGGAAGCUUCGGAGCUAAUGGAUUUGUUGUAAAGUGUAUAAAAACGAGUAUGGAAGCUGGACUAAUAAGAUUCCAAAAACCAACCACAUUCAUGUGGUUUUGGACAGAAGGGAGGACUUUUGUUCUCCUCCAUUUGAAAAUGCCGACGUUAUCCGCACUUCUGUCGGAUUUUGAAUCAAUGCAAGUCAUCUGAAUCAGGUAAUACUUCAACUUAUAGUCUUGUCUUCAUGAAAGAAAGGACUCUAUAUGUGUUAAACAUUGCAUUAUCAUUAAAAACCUUUAUUUGUUAAAAAAAAACAUAUGUUUCAUAAAUCAAAACAUAUAAAGCAUAUCUAUGAAUGAGGUAGAGCUCCUCGACUUGGUCAAUUGAAAAGUAGCUCGCCUGCAGAAGAAGUGUGGGCACCCCUGAUGUAGAUGAUCUAUGUCUGCAGUACAGAUUUACUUUACAAAAGAGAAGUGUUGGAUACUUCUCUUGUUGCCUUAGUUGUAUUUGAAUUGAUUAACUCCUCUCUGAGCUGCCACCUUAUCGUGGUAGAGGAGUUUGCGUGUCCCAAUGAUCCUAGGAGCUAUGUUGGCUUCCAUGCCCCCUGAUAGGGUCUCCCAAGACAAACAGGUCCUAGGUGAGGGAUCAGACAAAGACCAGCUCAAAGACUUCUAUGGGAAUCCAAAAACAGAGACUCUGAUUUCCCUCACCCGGACGCGAGUCACCGGAGCCACCCCUCUGGAGCCAGGCCCGGAGUUGGGGCACGAUUGCGAGCACCUGGUGGCCGGUCCUGUUCCCAGGGGCCUGGGCGGACGCAGCCCGAAGAGGCAUCGUGGGUCCCCCCUCCAAUGGGAUCACCACUCAAGGAAGGGGCCAUAGACGUCGGUUGCGUUGUGAGCUGGGCGGAAGCCGAAUGCGGGGUACUUUUCAGUCCAGUCCUUGGCUACAUAAGCUAGCUCUAGGGCAAUGGGUCCCAAACUUUUGCAGGCUGGCGCCCCCUUGGCUCCCCAGUGAACUCCUAGCGCCCCCCCCCAGACACAUAUGGAAACAAACACCUCUUUCUUGAUAUUUGGUAUGCUGCAAUUUGAAAAGAGAAAGGUUAAACACAAAUGUGUAUUUCACAAAUAAAACCCAAUUUAGUAAACCAAUUUAUUUUUUAGCAGUUUUAACUGUUUCAGCAACAUAGAAUGGUAAAUACCACCCUAACCAGCUCAACACAACACGGCGCGUUCUGGCGAGUCCCCAAUUUCAUGUUGACUUGAACUCAAGAUGAUGUUGACCGCCAGAAUGCGGUUUUUAUUAUAAGAUAAAAUUCUGAACAUUACAAGCUUGAAAUUACAAACCCGAGCUUUUGCUUUUGUAGUCUAUGCUGUCGGAUCUGACUGGGCCAGAGCGGCGUGUGGUAACCGGACCCUGAUGCGUCGUCCACUGACUCGUCCUGCUGCACGUGUUGUGUACAAAUCGUCAAACAAACGUUCAAACUUCUGACUUCGACUUCGGACUGCCGCCCCCCUACCGCCCCCCUCUUCCUCACCGCCCCCCCAGAUCUUUCCACCGCACCCAAGGGGGCGGUACCGCCCACUUUGCGAACCACUGCUCUAGGGACAUGGAAUGUCAUCUCGCUGGGGGGAAGAAAGAAGCCUGAGCUAGUGCGCGAGGUGGAGAAAUUCUGGCUGGAUAUAGUCUGAGUCACAGCAAGGGCUCUGGAACCAGUUCUCUCGAGAGGGGCUGGACUCUUUCACACUGGUGCUGCACGCAGUGAGAGGCAACGGGCUGGGGUAGCAAUUCUUGUUGCCCCCCCGGCUCAAAGCCUGCACGUUGGAGUUCCACCCAGUGGACGAGAGAGUAGCUUCCCUCCAGGCUUUCGGGUGGGGGGACGGGUCCUGACGGUUGUUUGUGCUUAUGCAUCAAACAGCAGUUCAGAGUACCCACCCUUUUUGGAUACACUCGAGGGAGUACUGUAUAGUACUCCCCCGGGCAAUUUUCUUGUCCUACUGGGGGUCUUCAACGCUCAUGUUGGCAAUGACAGUGAACCCUAGAGAGGCGUGAUUGGAAAGAAUGGCCGCCAAGCUCUGAACCCGAGGGGUGUUUUGUUUUAGGACUUUUGUGCUCUUCACAGACUGUCCAUAAAAAACACCAUGUUCAAGCAUAAGGGUGUCCAUAUGUGCACUUGGCACCAGGGCACCUUUGGCCACAGUUCCAUGAUCGACUUUGUUGUUGUGUCAUUGGAUUUUGCUCAUGUUUUGGACACUCGGGUGAAGAGAGGGCCAGAGCUUUCUACCGAUCACCACCUGGUGGUGAGCUGGCUGUGAUGGUGGGGGAGGAUGCCGGAGAGACCUGGCAGGCCCAUACGCAGUGUGAGGGUCUGCCAUUAAUGUCUGGCAGUCUCCUAUCAGAGAGAGUUUCAAUUCCCACCUCGAGAACAACUUUGAACAUGUCACGAGGGAGGUGCUGGAUUGAGUCAGAGUGGACAAUGUUCUGCACCUCCAUUGUCGAGGCGGCUGAUUGAAGCAGUGGCCGCAUAGGUAGUUGGUGCCUUUCGUGGCGGUAAUUCUGAAACCCGUUGGUGGACACCGGCGGUGAGGUAUGCCGUCAAGCUGAAGAAAGAGUCCUCUUAUUUCUUUUGGCUCAUGAGACACCGGAGGCAGCGGACGGUUACCGACAGGCCAAGCGUUGUGCGGCUUCAGCGCCGCGGAGGCAAAAACUUGGACAUGGGUGGAGUUUAGGGAAGCCAUGGAAAACGACUUCCGGACAGCUUCGAAGCGAUUCUGGACCACUAUGCGCCGCCUCAGGAAGGUGAAGCAGUGCACCGUCAACACAGUGUAUGGUGAGGAUGGUAUUCUGCUGACCUCGACUGCGGAUGUUGUGGAUCGGUGGAGAGAAUACUUCGAAGACCUCCUCAAUCCCUCCAACACGUCUUCCUAAGAGAAAGCAGUGCUUGGGGAAUAUGUUGUGGGCUCUCUUAAUUCUGGGGCUGAAGUUGCUGAGGUAUUUAAAAAGCUCUUCAGUGGCAAGGCCCCGGAGGUGGAUGAGAUCCGGCUGGAGUUCCUCUAGGCUCUGGAGGCUGUAGGGCUGUCUUGGUUGACAAGACUGCAGCAUCGCGUGGACAUCGGGGGGGCGGUACCUCUGGAUUGGCAGACCAGGGUGGUGGUUCCUCUUUUUAAGAAGGGGAACCGGAGGGUGUGUUCUAACUAUUGUGGGAUCACACUUCUUAGCCUUCCCGGUAAGGUCUAUUCAGGUGUACUGGAGAGGAGGCUAAAAGAGGCUAGUCGAACCUCGGAUUCAGGAGUAACAGUGUGGUUUCCGUCCUGGUUGUGUAACUGUGGACCAGCUCUAUACUCUCGGCAGGGUCCUUGAGGGUGGAUGGGAGUUUGCCCAACCAGUCUACAUGUGCUUUGUGGACUUGGAGAAGGCAUUCGACCGUGUCCCUCGGGAAGUCCUGUGGGGUGUGCUAAGAGAGUAUGGGGUUUGGACUGGCGGUCCACUCCCUGUACAAUCAGUGUCAGAGCUUGGUCCGCAUUGCCGGCAGUAAGACGGACACGUUUCCAGUGAGGGUUGAACUCUGCCAAGGCUGCCCUUUGUCACCGAUUCCGUUCAUAACUUUUAUGGACAGAAUUUCUAGGCGCAGUCAAGGAGUUGAGGGGAUCUGGUUUGGUGGCUGCAGGAUUAGGUAUCUGCUUUUUGCAGAUGAUGUGGUCCUGAUGGCUUCAACUGGCCAGGAUCUUCAGCUCUCACUGGAUCGGUUCGCAGCAGAGUGUGAAGCGACUGGAAUGAGAAUCAGCACCUCCAAGUCAGAGUCCAUGGUUCUCGCCUGGAAAAGGUUUGAGUGCCAUCUCCGGGUUGGGAAGGAGGUCAAGUACUUUGGAGUCUUGUUCACGAGUGAGGGAAGAGUGGAUCGUGAGAUCGACAGGCGGAUCGGUGCACCGUCUUCAGUAAUGCGGACGUUGUAUCGAUCAGUUGUGGUGAAGAAGGAGCUGAGCCGGAAGGCAAAGCUCUCAAUUUACCGGUCGAUCUACGUUCCCAUCCUCACCUAUGGUCAUAAGCUUUGGGUUUUGACCGAAAGGACAAGAUCACGGGUACAAAAAGCCGAAAUGAGCUUCCUCCACGGGUCGGUGGGGCUCUCCUUUAGAGAUAGGAUGAGAUGCUCUGCCAUCCGGGGGGAGCUCAAAGUAAAGCCGCUGCUCCUCCACAUCGAUAGGAGUCAGACUAGGUGGUUCGGGCAUCUGGUUAGGAUUCCACCCGAAUGCCUCCCUAGGGAGGUGUUUAGGGCACGUCUGACCGGCAGGAGGCCACCGGGAAGACCCAUGACACGUUGGGAAGACUAUGUCUCCCAGCUGGCCUGGGAACGCCAGGCCAGCCUUACCCUACUUAGGCUGCUGCCCUCGCGACCCGACCUCGGAUGAGCGGAAGAAGAUGGAUGGAUGGAAUUUAUUAAAUAUUUGGUUAGAAUUUUAUUAAUCAAAACCAGUUUUCUUUUAAGUAAUAAAAACAUUCAUCUCAUCUGUUAUCUAUUUUUUGGAGGAAUGUAGUUAUUCAUAGAACUGGCCUCCAAUGUUAGCAAAAAGUAUAGAUUUUGGAUCAAGAAUCGUUUUGAAUCGAGAUUUGAUUCUGAAUCAAAUCGUGUGGUGCCCAAAGAUGUACAGCCCUAAUGAAAACUACAACUCACCAUAACGCUGAAUUAGUUGGGCCCUGUCCUUUUUAAAGGAAACUCUCCAAAGUAUUUUGUUUUUCACAAAUUUUUGCAUGUGGGCUUAUUUUUUGGCAAACGUGUUAGUUAUACGUGGUACGUAUAGCAAUAGCAUAGAAAUAUAAAAAAACUAAAUAUACUUUCUAUUAUUUCCAAUGAGUUUCAAUGUGUUUCUGUUGAUUUGUAUUUCUAUUCAAGUUAUUUAUUCAUAGUUUUUGCAUUAUAUGAACGGCUUCCAGCCCGACAUCGUGCGGUUUGCAUGGACCAUCGAUGAAAGACAUCGCGAAGCAGGUUUGACUCUCGUUUAUUGUUUCAAUAAAACAGUUUGUGUCCCAGUCGGUCGCACCGAUUUCCAGCACUUCCUCCUUUGCUGCUCGUCUUGGCUCGCCUUUCGGUCGCCGGUGACUCCGUCUGCCUCGGGGGCUCAUCACUCGUCUGAUCUCGCUUGUCUUUUGUCUGCUGGUUCUCCUACUUCUUCUGCCCCAAUUGCUCCUCCUUCUCCCCUUUUAUACAGCAGGAGAAGAUGCACAGAUUGAGAGUAGGUGUGUGUUUUACGCACUUGGCUCCAAGUGCUGCAGCGUCGCUCCGGGCGCGCAUCGCCUCUCACUCCGCCUCCUGGCGUCCAUCUUGAGUAGGACCACGGUUUGUCCUACCCCGCAGUCGGCCCUUCUGCUCCGCCUCUCCACACAUUAGUUCAUACACUACAUAGAUACACGUAUGUUUUUUUUCGGUGUAAUUUCUCCAUGCGUAAACACAUCUGUUAAUUUGCAAUAAUACCAACACUUUUACUUACUGGGAGAUGUGUACUUUUUUUCCAGUUACCUUACUAUGCAAUAAUUUAGCACACUUGCACUUUAGCGCUAUUGUGGGGCGGUAUAGCUCGGUUGGUAGAGUGGCCGUGCCAGCAACUUGAGGGUUGCAGGUUCGAUUCCCGCUUCCGCCAUCCUAGUCACUGCCGUUGUGUCCUUGGGCAAGACACUUUACUCACGUGCUCCCAGUGCCACCCACACUGGUUUAAAUGUAACUUAGAUAUUGGGUUUCACUAUGUAAAGUGCUUUGAGUCACUAGAGAAAAGCGCUAUAUAAAUAUAAUUCACUCACUCACUAUUGCACUUCUCCAUCUGCUUUAUACACUUGAACUACUCUGGUGACUUGAUCCUUAAAUUGUCUUGAGCUGAGUUCAUGCAGCAACCUACUGUUUUAAAUGGGCCUCCAUUUUAUAAAUUGAUUUCAAUUCAUUUCAAUGGGCGACGUUGGUCACAGAACCAAUUCAAAUCAAUCAAAUCUUCCAAUCAGCUGCGCAGUGAUGUGUGUAGCUGUGCAUAGAAGAGUAGUAGUGUGGCGGUCCAACGAGUGGAGAUAGGAGAAAUUCACUUUGGCCACCUGGUAUCCUCCCCAGUCAGUAGAGGGGGCACACAGCAGAAAAGCGGCUGAUCAAAAGGGUCUAUUUAAAGUCUUGAGUAUAUAAAUAAGUUUUAAGAUGGGACUUAAAUGCCUGUACGGAAGUGGCAUCUCAAACUGUUGCUGGUAGGGCAUUCCAGAGUACUGGAAAACGCUCUCGAGCCUGCAGACGUUUUGCUUAGUAGGGGACCUAGAUUUCGGGACGAAACGUAGGGUACAAUACAAUCAGCAAUAUAAGAUGGUGCUAAACUGUUUAGUAUUUUGUACGUAGAUAAUAAAACCUUAAAGUUGUCAGCGUUAUUAGUUGACGAACCCCAUGAUGCAGAGAAGGAGGCAGGCAUUGAAUGGGAAAACAUGAUUUAAUUUAAAUAAUAGAACAAGAACAAACCAAAAGCGCGCACACGGGCAGAAUAACAAACUAAGGGUCUUUAGCAUAGAAGCUAGCAAGAAACAAAAAAUUACUUAGCGGUGAGGCUAGCAGGUAGCAAACAGGAAAAACUGGAAAUGGCUAAUGCUAACAGAAACAGCUUACCGCUACGACGACCAGGACAAAAUGUAGCACGACAGGUAGUAGUUGUAACAAAACGACACGACCGGUAGCACGACAAGAGUGACAUGUAGCAACGACAAUACAAUGAUCCAGCAACUGACACAAGACAAAGCAGGUUCACAUAGGAGCGGGCUGAUUGGCAACGGGUGUGGCCAGGUGCCAAUCAGCCGCAAUGGAGGAGGAACACAGCACUCAGGGAACAAGACAGGAAGCUGACAAAAUAAGAGCACUACACAGGAACUAAAGACAGGAGAUACUAAACACAGAGGAUACAGACAAAUGCAGAGGAAAAAACUAAAACAUAGACAAACUGUCAGGGGAAAGCCUGACAAAAGUCAUAUAUAAAGUUCACAGGAAGCCAGUGCAAGUGAGCCAGUAUAGGUGUAUAAUUUAUAUCAGUAUAUCAGUAGAAGCAUUUAAGUCUCACCUUAAAACUCAUUUGUAUACUCUAGCCUUUAAAUAGACUCCCUUUUUAGACCAGUUGAUCUGCCGUUUCUUUUCUUUUUCUUCUAUGUCCCACUCUCCCGUGUGGAGGGGGUCCGGUCCGAUCCGGUGGCCAUGUACUGCUCGCCUGUGUAUCGGCUGGGGACAUCUCUGCGCUGCUGGUCCGCCUACGCUUGGGAUGGUUUCCUGCUGGCUCCGCUGUGAACGGGAAUCUCGCUGCUGUGUCUUGGAUCCUCUUUGGACUGGACUCUCGCGACUGUGUUGUAUCCAUUGUGGAUUGAACUUUCACAGUAUCAUGUUAGAUCCGCUCGACAUCCAUUGCUUUCCUCCUCUCUAAGGUUCUCAUAGUCAUCAUUGUCACUGACGUCCCACUGGGUCAUUAUUGUCACCAAUGUCCCACUGGGUGUGAGUUUUCCUUGCCCUUAUGUGGGCCUACCGAGGAUGUCGUGGUGGUUUGUGCAGCCCUUUGAGACACUAGUGAUUUAGGGCUAUAUAAGUAAACAUUGAUUGAUUGAUUGAUUAUAUAUGUAUGUAUAUAAAGGUACAUAUAUAUAUAUAAUCCAUCCAUCCAUCAUCUUCCGCUUAUCCGAGGUCGGGUCGCGGGGGCAGCAGCCUAAGCAGGGAAGCCCAGACUUCCCUCUCUCUAGCCACUUCGUCUAGCUCUUCCCGGGGGAUCCCGAGGCGUUCCCAGGCCAGCCGGGAGACAUAGUCUUCCCAACGUGUCCUGGGUCUUCCCCGUGGCCUCCUACCAGCUGGACGUGCCCUAAACACCUCCCU